AUGUUUCCUAGCAUUGCCCAUGGAUCCUAUGAAGAUGUGAGUCCAAUUUUUUCCUUUACUACUGUGGUGCAGUAUAAAUGUGAUGAAGGAUAUAUUCUGGUUGGAGAAGAAAAAAUCACCUGCAGAAAUUCACAUUGGUCAUCUCUAGCUCCUCAGUGUAAAGCACUAUGUCUGAAACCAGAGAUAAAAGAUGGAACUUUGUCUCUGGACAAGUAUAAGUAUGUUGAGUCUGAAACUGUCACUGUCCAGUGUGACUCUGGCUAUAGUGUGGUCGGCUCUCCGAGUAUCAUCUGCUCAGAGAACAGAACCUGGUACCCAGAAGUGCCCAAGUGUGAGUGGGAAGUUCUCUCGGGCUGUGAACAAGUACUCGCAGGCAGGAAACUCAUGCAGUGUCUCCCAAAUCCAGAGGAUGUAAAAAUGGCCCUGGAGGUGUAUAAACUGUCUCUGGAGAUUGAAAGAUUGGAGCUACAGACUUGA